AUGGUCUGGGCAGCGGGAAAGCUUCUCGCAAGCAAGCUCCAGGUGUUACUGCAGCCGGAGGGUACCCAGACAGGCAUGACCUAUGUCACUUUAGCGGCGCCUCUGCUGGUGCUGCUUUUUGGCUUGUUUAUGACGAACAUCCGGGGCUAUUUGGAUGCCAAAGCCCAGAACGACAUGCCGCUGGCAAAAGCAGCUGCCAUGGAUUUAGACAUGGCCCUGCUCCUUCAGCGGCAUGGGCGAAGAAUCAUCGCCGAUCAACCGCAUGCCGAUUGGCGCAAGUUGAAAUUGCGGCAGGCCCUUGGCAGGGCAUCCCGCUUUCUAUGGAAGAUGGAGGAGGCGCUUGACUAUGGCACAGGUAAUUCCCGGCCGGCCACCAGGCAAGCUGCAACCACAGGCGUCAUCGCUUUAAACUUAGCAGAACUUAGUUGCAAGAAGAAGCAAGCUCUUGAUCAGCAGCUUGCAGAUCUCGUACAUGUGGUCGGGCCCUUUCAAGCACAACAAGCUGCAAGCGAAAGCAAAAACAUUGUCACACGAACCAACCUUGGCCACAUGCCCUCGCGACUUCCUGCUGGCUUUACCUGUACUCUAUACAACAUGAUGCUCCGAUACCACCUCGUCGGUUACCUGCACAAGCUCCUGCGACGCGUCCUCGCCGCAGCCUUUGUCAGUGCUUCUUGCAAAGCUAUGCGGGAGAGCGCAUCCGAGAACGGCAAGCGUGGCCGCCUGCGUGUCUUCUCCGAGGCUGAGGAUGAGCUGGGAAUCGGGACUCUUCUUGGCGACUACGAGGAGCAAGGAGGGAACACAGAUCCCAAGCUUUUGCAGGUCAGCGUCUACGUGUACUAUUGGGACACUCGCGAUGGCCUGGAGUUCUCGGGUUGGUGGUUCGGCGACAAGGUGGGUGGGUCCCAAGUCUGGUCCCGGGCCACGGACAACAGCAAGGCUCCGCCAGAACGAGGCUGGAAGGUGCCUUGGGACGGAGAAGCAAUCGAGGGCUUGCUUUGUGUCGAGGUGCUCAAUGCGGGUCUGGCGCAGCCGGUCUCCGCCCCUCCGGCUCCAGUCCCUCCUCCCAAGGCUGCGCCCAUGAAGGCCAAGGUCCAGGAACCGGACGACGUGGACAAAGAUCUGCUGAAAGAGCGCAUCCGCUUGGCGACGGAUCGAGUGGCCUCGGCCGAAGCAGAGGCGGAGCAGGUGGUCAAGGCGGCCAAGGAGAUGGUCUCCGCGGAGGCCCGGAAUGGUGGAUCCUGGCAGCAGCUGGCAGCUUCAGCUUGGCAGUUGCAGCAUUUACCUGCAGGGGGUGCCCCGGAACAGGACGCGGAUGAAGUGGUUAUCCAAGAAGCGGAAUCACAACUCCGUGCUCAAAUGGCAAGGGCCGCAGCUACCGAGUAG